AUGAAUUAUAAAUUAACAGAGCCUCUUUAAAGUUAAUCCUAACAUCCUCAAAUAGUAGGAGAAUUUAAAACUUAAAAAGGUAAAAUUAGAGUGCUUCAUGGGUAUACGAAUUAGAUUAUCGUUGCAAAUAAGAAAAAGCUCAUUUCAUUAUCAUUUGAGACAAAGUUUUCAUUAUUGAGAGAACCUGUCGAUGAAAAAUUCAAAGUAGGAAAACCCUUAGGAUUGUUGAUAGAAAGAGAAAAUAUUUAACAUAAAAUAACUCUAUUUUCAAAUGAUGUUUAAAUGAUAAAAAAUUGGAGAGAUUAUCUAGCCAAACAUAUAAAUUAAAGAGGAUUUCAUGAAAGUUUUAAGGCUCAUCGUAAAAUAGGGAAGGGCAACUUUGCUUCUGUAUAUUUGGCAGAUCGUUUAGAAGAUGAAAGAAGUUUUGCAAUUAAAGCAUUCUCCAAAGAAGUAGCUUAUGGAUAAGAUAAAGGGAAGGUAUUUAUAAAAACCAUCUUAGAUGUCAAUAUUAAAUGAAAUAGCAAUAAUGAGAUAGCUUGAUAGUUAUGCACUGAUAAAAUUGCAUGAAGUGUAUGAGACUGAUAAUUCUCUAUAUAUGGUACUUGACCUAUUAGAAGGUGGCUCAUUAUAUGACAAAGUAAAAAAUAGACCAUAGUUUAAUGCAUUUGAAAUUGAAGUGCUUAUUUUUAGUCUUUUGGAAGGACUUCAUCAUAUGCAUUCGAAAAAUAUAAUGCAUAGAGAUUUAAAACCAGAAAAUAUUUUAUUUAGAAAAUAGGGGUAAUUCAAUAAUUUUAUUAGAAGUAUUAUAUAGUCUGUUUGUAUUGCUGAUUUUGGAUUAGCAUAACGAUCUGAUGAAUAUCCAUAUUUAUUUAAUCGAUGUGGUACUCCAGGAUUUGUAGCUCCAGAAGUUAUAAAUUGUAAAGAUGGAGGACGAUAUGAUCCAAUUUGUGAUGUUUUUAGUUUAGGAUUAAUAUUUUAUAUUUUGUAAGUUGAUAUUUUUGGAUUUUAGACUAACCGGAAAACCAGCAUUUCCUGGUAAAAGCUAUAAUGAUGUUUUGGGGAAAAACAGAAAAUGUGAAAUAUCAUUUGAUGCUUCACUUUUUGAGAAUGUUCCAUAAUAAGCUUAUGAUCUAUUAAUGAAAUUACUUGAUAAGAAUCCAAAAACAAGAAUAUCUGCUUAAUAAGCAUUAAAUCAUGGUUAUUUUGGUAGAAGAUUAAAAUAAAUUGAUGAAAAUGAAGAUAAUGCAUUACGAAAUUAAGAAGAAUAAUUAAAAUUUGAUAAAUAAAGGUUAAAAUAAUUAAAUAAUUCCCCAUUACAUUCACCAUUAAUAGCUGCAUCUUCUAAAUUAAGAAAGGAUAGUUCAAAUGAUAGUUUGUAUUAAUAAAGUCCUUUAUUAAGUGGACGAACAGAUUAAAUAGGUAUUAAAAUAUUUUAUAGUAGAUUCACCCUUAAUUAACAGUUUCAAUAGUCCAUCUGCAUAAGGUAGAUAAUUAAAUAGAAAUGAAUAAUAACAACAGAAGCCUUCUAGAUUUAGUAAUAAUGAUGGAAAUAAUACAUUAAAUGAAGGAAAUUCAAAAGGGAAUUCUACUCAAGCUAAAUCUUUUAGUUUAAAUUAAAAUCCUUUACACAAAUAUGCAAUACGAAAUGAAAUGGCUAGAUAAUAAAAUUAGUAAGAAUAAAAAUAAUGA